AUGGACUCGCGGCGGCUGCGCUGGGAGACCCUGGCGGCUCUGCGCGCCUCCAGCAAGGGGCAGCUGAAGUAUUGGCGCCGGGAGGAGGAUAUUUUGGAAGGAUGCAUAUCUCCUCUCGAGCUGUCCUCUUAUGCUGGCUUGGUCCUAGACAGAGUGGUUGAGCAGUCAGCACAAGAAAGCAAACCUUCCAGAAGUUCAGUGUCUGAAGAAUCCAUUCCCCUCACAAACCAGUCACCACCACUGGAGAAUAUCACUUCUGCUAACCACUCUUCCCCACUCUCAUCUGCAGAGCUAAAUGAAACAAAGGGAGAUAGAAAUCUCAGCCCACAGGAAGCGGAUCAAGAAAUCUCUGCAGCAGUGAAGCCAUCUAAACUUACACAAGUUGAAGGCUGCAUUCGGAUGUAUGAAGAGAUACACAGGUUAAAAGCACAGCAGAGGCUAAGGAAGUGGCAGGAGCAGCAAGAAAACAUGGUGAGGGCAGCCUAUGACCUGGCAAGUGAACAGCUAAAGCGCUUUGAUGAGCUGAGGGAGCUAAAGCAGCACCAGGAAUUCCAAGACUUGAAAGAAGUGCUGGAGAAGAGCUCGAAGGAGGCUCAGGGACAGCAAGAGAAGCUGAAGGAAGAACACCAACACAGAGCAAAGGUGCUAAACCUAAAGCUGCGGGAGGCAGAGCAGCAGAGGCAGCGGCAGGAGGAGCUGGAGCGGCUGCGUAAGGAGGAGGGCCAGGAGAGGCUGCGGCGCCUUUACUCCAUCCAGGAGGAAGUGCUGCAGCUGAACCAGCAGAUUGAUCCCAAUUACAGGCACAAAGACUUGCCAAGAAUUGAUCUUUCUGCAUACAGUAAUCGUGGCAACCAGAUCUGUGGGCUGGUGUCAGGGCUCAUCCGCACCACAAGCGAGCGAGGGUUCCCCUCUCAAGCAGAUGUGGCCAGCAUGGAGCGAGCACUGCAGGAGAUGAGAGGGCUAAUCUCCAGCAUGCAGCAAGAGAUUGCUGCAGCUGUGGACGAGAAGCGGAGGAGAGAGGAGGAGGAGGAAGAGAGAGAAAAGCAGAAAUUGUUGCUGAAAAAGGAGCAGAUGAAGGCUCAGGCUCCUGCCCCUGCACAGAAAGCUGGGGGGAAGCAGCAGAAGGAAGGACUCCAAGUUAAGGCAGAUGAAAGCACCAUGCAGUGGUACCAGCAGCUUCAAGAUGCUGCUGAGCAGUGUGUUGCUUCUUUCAGUGGACUCAGCAACUGCGAGGGAAACAAUGAGUUGAAGAAGAUAAAGGCAGACCUGCAGAAAGCAGCCACGAUCCCUGUGAGCCAGAUAUCCAGAAUAUCAGGCUCUAAGCUGAGAGAGAUCUUUGACAAGAUCAACAACCUGCUCUCUGGGAGGUCUGUGCAGAGUGGAGGCCGAGCUGUGUCCGUGACUCAGCAUCCUCAGGCUCUGGAUUUUGUUUUUUACAAGCUUGCGGAGAAAUUCGUGCGUCAAGGAGAAGAAGAAGUAGCUUCUCACCAUGAUGCAGCUUUCCCCAUUGCUGUGGUGGCAUCAGGAAUCUGGGAAAUACACCCCCGGGUUGGAGACCUCUUUUUAGCUCAUCUGCACAAAAAAUGCCCCUAUUCUGUGCCAUUUUACCCUGCAUUGAAAGAAGGCACUUCUAUGGAAGAGUAUCAAAGGAUGCUGGGGUACCAAGUUAAGGAUUCCAUGGUGGAGGAGCAGGAUAACUUCCUCAAGCGGAUGUCAGGCAUGAUUCGCCUUUACGCCGCUCUGAUCCAGCUGCAGUGGCCUUACAGAGACCAGCAAGGGACACAUCCCCAUGGGCUGAGCUAUGGCUGGCGCUGGCUCGCACAGAUGUUGAACAUGGAGCCCCUGGCAGACGUGACAGCCACACUCCUCUUUGACUUCCUGGAGGUGUGUGGCAAUGCCCUCAUGAGGCAGUACCAGGUGCAGUUCUGGAAGAUUAUGUUGCUGCUCCAAGAAGAGUAUGUCCCAAGGAUUGAGGCUAUCACCAGCUCUGGGCAGAUGGGCUCCUUGAUGCGUCUGAAGCAGUUUGUGCAGAAAUGUAUACAGGAGAAGAAAAUCUGCCUGCCCACGGGCACCCUGCAGCCAGCCUUCUGGAAAUCUUAGCUGGGUUUUGCCUUCCCUCGGAUGUCACUGCCUUCAGACCUGGCUUCCUCUUCAAAGGCAGAACAGAGGCAUGGGGAGAUCACACCCCCAUCUCCUUGAUAAAUCAGAUUUCUGCUGAGCAGGAUGAGCUCCUGCUCAUUUCAUUGCAGUCAAAUGCAAGUUUUAAUUUCCUUUGGGUUUUUAUAAGUUUUUAUAUAGUAAAUAAUGGGAAAUUGGAGACUUUUCCUUCAUAUGUUUUCAUAUGUGGAGGGUGUUUCAAAUACAGCAUCCUGGUCACCUCUGGGCUUCAGAGAUGAAAAUCUGCCCUGUGCAGUUCACAGAAAUGUAAAUACCUCAGAGCUCUGUGAAGUCUUAACAGAGAGUCACUCUCAGAAGGUGGUUUUUUUUUUGUGUAUUUGCUGCAUCUCUCUCUUGUGAUUCUGUCCUGCUGAUGUGCUUCCAUCCUGUCUGCCUCAGCAUCUUAGAAUUGCAGUGGGCCUGGUGAAGCCUGUUGGCUUAGCAGUGUUCACAUGUUGAGUGGGACUUGGCUCCAUGAGGCAGCACUCUGGAUUUAAGACUUGCUCUUGGAAAAGGUUUGCAUGGAAAAUAGGAACCGUGAGGGCAGAGCAGAGCUGCUGAAGCUACAGGAAUUCUGUGUCCGUUACCUGCCAGAGGGGUGGAAGCCAACAGUCCAUUUUCUUAUUAAAAAAACAAUAAAAGUAGAAAGUGCCAGCCUGGUGCAUUCAUCCUAGCACUUGGCUGAUAUUUGCCAUCAUUUUAGGGGAAAUGGCUGUGCUGGGGUGACCUCAGGUGCAUUUUAUGAGAUUCUUGUGAUGUGAAUGGAUCCCUUCCUUACAAUGCUGUAACACUUUUGUACCAA